GGUGGGCACGCAUGCGUUCUAUAUUUCUGCAUACGGUACGUCACGAACUAGGCCACGUGUCUUGGCCCCAUAACGCCGAAACAAAUCGCUCCUGUAUGUUACCCUGCGCCACUGAGCAGUUUGUAUAGGAAUGAAUGGGCGGCCAGUCCGUGGUCCAUCCUUUAUUAUGUCCAUGCUCUGGCAGCAUCUUUAGACGGAUGAGGAAGCCGGAGCCAAUACGUCAUAGGCCACGCCUACUGGAUACAAACGCAGCGCGGGAGUCAGAUGAGGUCAGGUACAUAUGGCCGUCCCGUUGCUAGAACACGGCAGCGCCAAACAUUUCACUGACGACUGCUUCCUCAACUUGGGCCAAUACAGAGCUGGACUUGCUCAACGUCUGAAAAUCAAGUCUGGAUCAGUACCAACUCUCCUCGGCUCAGCUACAAACCUCGAAAAAGCCAGCUCAUCAAGUGCUUACAUUCAGCAGCUUCUCAAGGGAUGUUGCCUGCCAGACAGAAAACCUGGAAACGCAUAUUUGUAGGCACAAAGCUGUCCUUAAAGUCUAUGCAGCCCCAUUUUAAAAGUGAAGAAGACUGCGAUGCCUUUGGAGACCGUAGCACUCAGCGUGGCGCCACAUCAGAGAGCCUGGGUGUUGUCGCCCCUGGCUCCUCCUCCCACAUGUCCAGUCACAGCGAGGAACUGGUGCAGCAAACCCCAGACACCAUUUCAAUCAAGCUUGAAGAGGAUAUUGGUGGAGGCUUGCCCGCUGGAGAAGACUGCGAUGCCUUUAGAGACCGUAGCAAUCAGCGCAACGCCACCUCAGAGAUUCUGGGUGAGGACGCCCCUGGCUCCUCUCACAUGGCCAGUCACAGCGAGGAACUGAAGAUUCUGAGUGUCUACGGAAAAGGGGAGGGCCCACUGGCGGUGGACGGCCAUAACACCCUCUUCACCGCGUCUGAAGUGGAGGCCCUGAACUUGCUGUCUGCGGACCACAGUGCGGCCAAGAGCCUGGAGCGCGGCGAGCGGCUGGUCUGCCACGAGGAGCUGAGUGUGCAGCCGGAGACCCCAGACACCAUUUCAAUCAAGGUUGAAGAGGAUAUUGGUGGAGGCAUGCCCGCUGUAGAAGACGUCAAUGACAUCAGAGACUGCAGCACGCAGCGUGGUGCCACCUCGGAGAGUCUGGGUGUGGACGCCCCUGGCUCCUCCCACAUGUCAAGUCACAGCGGGGAGCUGCGGAUCCUGAGCGUUUACGGAAAAGGGGAGGGCCCACUGGCGGUGGAUGGUUGGUGGACGGUUUCUCCCAACAAUGCCAAUAUGAUCGUACACAUGAGGACCCGACCAGACGAGAAGCCGUACGGGUGUGACCAAUGCACGAAGAGCUUCAGUCAGAAAGGCAACCUGAAAAUCCACAUGAGUACGCACUCCGGGGAGAAGCCCUACAGGUGUGACCAAUGCGCAAAGCACUACAGUCAUAGCUACACCCUCAAGAUGCACAUGAGGACCCACACCGGUGAGAAACCCCACAGGUGUGACCAAUGCAGGAAGCGCUUCAGUCUAAGUGAACACCUGAAGGGCCACAUGAAGACUCACACCUGGGAGAAACCCUACAGCUGUGACCAUUGCAAAAAGCGCUUCGCUCGGCAUGGCGACCUGAACGUCCACAUGAGGACUCACUCCGGCGAGAAGCCCUACAAGUGUGACCAAUGCACGAAGAGCUUCAGUCAGAAAGGCCACCUGAAGACCCACAUGAGAACUCACUCCGGCGAGAAGCCCUACAAGUGUGACCAAUGCACAAAGCACUUCAGUCAGACAAGAGGCCUGAAGACCCACAUGAGGACUCACUCUGGGGUGAAGCCCUACAAGUGUGACCAAUGCACGAUGCGCUUCAGUCAGAAAGGUACUUUGAAGAUCCACAUGAGGACUCACUCCAAGGAGAAGUCCUACAAGUGUGACCAAUGCACAAAGUGCUUCAGUCUGAAAGGCAACCUGAAGACCCACAUGAGAACUCACUCCGGCGAGAAGCCCUACAAGUGUGACCAAUGCACAAAGCGCUUCAGUCGGAACAGAGGCCUGAAGAUCCACAUGAGAACUCACACCGGCGAGAAUCCCUACAGGUGUGACCAAUGCACGAAGGGCUUCAGUCUGAAAGGCACCCUGAAGAUCCACAUGAAGACUCACUCCGGUUAGAAGCCCUGCCUGUUAGUGCAUUGCAACGCCAGCUACAGCGACCCAAGCGAUUUGAGUGUGCACAUGCUCAAGCACACGGGCAAUGGGGUGCUUUCACACAGGGUAACGGGGCGCUUUGAUUGAGAGCUCUGUCCGGUAUUUGUCGAAAUUAAUGCUUUUAGUUUUUCUUUUCAUCAGGAUUAAACAUUUUCCAGCUUUUGAUUCGCUUUGUU